UUCAGACUGCUGUCCCCCUGCCGUGCCCUGAGGGCACACUGAACACCUUGGAGGGGGCACUGGCCCCCAGUGCCUGCAAGCUGUGCCCAGUGGGAAGGUACUGCAGAGGAGAUGCUAACUGGGAACCUGAUGGUCUCUGCUCAGCUGGGUAUUACUGUGAAGGAGGAGCCACUGAUGCUGUUCCCCACGGGACACCCGUGUUCCCACUCAGUGGGCCCUGUCCUUUUGGGCACUAUUGUCCAGAGGGUACUCAUUUCCCUGUUGCCUGCCCAGUUGGGACCCUGAACAAUGCCACAGGGCCACUUCUGCCAGUCAGGGGCAACCCACCCAAUGCCGUGUCCUGCUGGGGAAUACCAGCCAGCCAGGGGCUCUGCAUCCUGCCUGCCAUGCCAGAGAGGAUUCUACUGCCAGGAGCUGGUGACUGGAGACCCCAAGCGCUGCCCACCACAUUCUUACUGUCCUACAGGCACACGGGAUCCCCUCACAUGUCCUGAAGGCACCUUCACUCCUGCAAAUAUGUCUGGCCUCUGGGAUGAGACAGAAUGCUUGCCUUGCUUACCUGGUCACUACUGCAGGCAUGGACGUCUGGAGGGGAAGUGUGCUGCUGGCUAUUUCUGCCUCGCUGGGAGCUCUCAGCCUGCUCCCCAGGGCCCCAGCUUCUCCUGGCGUUUCCUACCUGGGUGCCGCUGGGGUCAGGUGUGUGCAGGGCUGUGUCCUGCAGGUUUCUACUGCCUGGAGGGAACUGAGGUGCCUGUACCGUGUCCUGCCAAUACCAUCAGAGAUGUUCCAGGGGCUGUGAAGAGAGAAGACUGCCUGCCCUGUCCACCAGGCCACUGGUGCAAAGCAGGGGAUUCAGAGGCCUAUCCAUGUCCAUCAGGACACUACUGCUUCGGAAGCAAUGGCAGUGACCACACCAGUCUCCUGGCACCUCAGAAGUGUCCUCCCCAAACUUACCGCAAGCGCCCAGGAGCUCAGAGCCUGACAGAUUGCCAGCCCUGUCCUCCAGGCUAUCUCUGCCCUUUAUCAGGUCUGACCAAGUUUGAGGAUUAUCCAUGUCCCCCUGGAUACUGGUGCCCUGGUAAAGGGGACAUUUUCCUUUGUCCACCUGGCACUUCCAGGAUCCAACCUGGUGCAAAAUCAUUGGAAGAAUGUAAUCCCUGCUCACCUGGAUACUAUUGCCCAGAUCCAGCACAGACAGGGCUGCCUAACACCCAAGGAGUGCCUUGUGAACCUGGCUAUGAAUGCCCAGCAGGGUCAGUAAACCCAAAGCCUUGCAGGCCUGGCUUCUACUGUGAUGCUCACACAGCUGUGCCUUCCGUGUGCCCUGCUGGGUAUUACUGUCCUGAAGGAUCCUCAACAUACACCAGCCCUGAGCAGCUGUGUGCAUUUCCCUACUACUGUCCCCUAGGCAGUGCCCAUCCUCUGCCAUGUGAAGGAGGGUACAUGGCCCUCAGCUUGCCUGGUCCAAGGGAUUCAUUUGAGAAGUUCUGCAGGAUCUGUGAUGCAGGCACCUAUCGUGGUGACUCUCUGAUCACAGCACCCUGUCAGCCCUGCCCAGCAGGCUUCAUCUGCCCACAAGGUAGUGAGAGUUACCACAAGAAGCCUUGCCCCAGUGGCUACUACUGCCCUCCCCUGGCAUCUGCCCCUCUGCCCUGUCCACCAGGAACCUAUGGCAGCAGCAGCUUUGCAAAGCAUGUAGAAGAUUGCCAGGCCUGUCCUGCUGGUUCCUUCAAUCACCUUCCUGCUCAGCCUGCCUGUUUCCCCUGUGGCAGCUCUUCUUCCUCUCAGCCUGGUGCCACCAGCUGUACCUGCCAUGGGCUGAACCGGGCUUUCCAGCAGUCAGAUGCCUCCUGUAUCUGCCAGGCAGGUUACAUUUACUAUGAUGAGAGAGGCAAGAAAGACCCCGACGGCAACAGCGAUCAGGACUGUCGACCUCAGGUGGAUGAGCUCUGUGCUCCCGGAGAGGUCCGUUUAGCAGCCACGCGCCAAUGUGUUUUUCCCGAGCGAUACGACUGCUCUCCUUCUUGUGGGCCUGCAGGUGGAGAGAUUAAUGCAGAGCUGGGCAUAUGUCACUGCAAGCAGUAUGUUUCUGCUGAGGAGCUCUGUGACCAGCUGUGUUUGCUGAGAGCCCCACGGAUAUCUUUGGGAUUCAGUAUCAGUAGAGAGCUGCUUCUGAGGGUGAAUGAAGGAGAAGUGAGGGAAGUGACAAAUGUUUUGGGCCCAGAUGAACAUGUGCAGAAAAGCCAACGGGUGCAUUUGGUUCUAUUUAGUCCCAGUGGAGUGUUGGGUUUCAUUGUCUCCAGCACAGAUGUUCUGGAUGCAUUUCUCACAGGAGGUUUUGCAUCAGAUCAGUUGCUGCAGAAAGGUCAUCGAGACCAGAGGACUUCCUUCAAAGACAGCCACGCCUUACCCCUCGUUCCUAACCCACUGGUGUGUUUGGAAGCAGGAGACACGAUCCUUUUCCAGCUUAGCAUCGAUUCCCACAAUCGUGCAUCCAGCCAUUACCCUGUUUAUCAGAAGCAGCAUCUAUAUAACAGCAACCCAAGCUGGGAUUUUGGACCCUUCCGAAGGCUAGACCACCUCAUCCAGGAGACUCACCUCAACAUCUCCUGGUUUGCCCAUGUUUUCCUUGAGUCUGGGACAUAUGUCUUCAGAGACAGAACCAUUCAAGAACAUUUCCUGAUUGUGACUGUGAAUGAUGCAAAUGUGGGCUGUGACCCCAGAGAUGUGUCCUUCCAGCCCUCUUCUGUGUUCCAACUGGCCAGAUAUGGAGUUUCGAAGCAACAGGAUCUCAACUUGGCCCCUAACUGGGCUGCAAUCACAGUGGCCCUCUUCGUUCUGGGCUUCCUCACUGUGCUGCUGACAACCCUGGCUAUAGUGCUCCAGCCUACUGUCCCCAUCAUUAGCCCCAUGAAGAGCUGGAAGCCACGAUGGAGGAGCCUGGGUGAGCCACACAUCCCUCCAGAGUACAUCCUCCUUAAAGACAGCCUUCAGUUCUAUCAGACAGUUGGUCCUCAUGGUUCUGGAGAAGAUGCUGGCUUUGGAGAGAAAGGUGCUGUGCAUAAUGCAGGGGAGUGCUUAGCACCGAGAGUUCUGGAGGAUUUCAGUGUUCGCACGCUGUACGAUAAGCUGGAAGAUCAGAAUUUGCACCUGGCAUCUCAGCUGGCCAAGCACAGAGCAGAUGUGUUGGUGUUUUACAAUGGAGUCAGACAGCAGAUUCAGAGUCUCAUGGACAUGUUGCAAGCACUGGACUCCAAAGAUCUGAAUAUCUUUGCCAGCAAAAGGAAUUGUGGACAUAAACAUGCAGACAGUAGCUGGGCAGCAGUGGGUGAUGAGUACUAUGGCAGCAACUUCCAAGCAGGUUCCCCAUGGCAAGAGGCAGCAGAGUUAAUGAAAUCUCUGGAAAUGCUCCUUGGGAAUGCUCUGUACAAGAACAUAGCUGUGAAACAAGAGAUGGAGCAGAAGGCCCAAGGACAGGAUGCAGUACCAGUUGUAGCCUCCCUGGACAGCCUGGCCAGUGAAAGUAAACCCAAAUUAGUGGGAGGGCAGGAUCAGGACCUGCUUCAGCAAUGUGAGCUCUUCAGUGGGAAAGAUACUUUAUUCAGCUUCCCUGGACAUGAAGAACAUGGUCUCCAGUUGGAUUAUCUGACUGAACUGGAGGUGGAGGGUGUGAGAGCAGCUUCCCCCCUUGCCAAGACUCUGUGUGAGAUCAAGCAAGCUUUGGUGAACCUGCAGCAACCUUCAGACCUUGUUAAUCCAGAUAGCAAACAUCCAACAAGUGUGGGGAGCUCAGACGCCUUCUGAGCUGUUGCAUUCUUGGGCCACAAAGAGGGAUGAAGCUCUGCUGCUGGAUAUAAAAAGGAAGAAGGAAGGAAGGGAGGAAGACAGAAGCAGAAGGAUUCUAUCUUCUGCAAAGUAAAAUAGCCACCACCUCGUUUCCUUGAGGAAUCUGGCUUAUCCUUGGCAAUGGCUAAAGGUGCAUUAUGGGUGACUGUAUGUCUGUGGACAGAGCUGCAGUACCUG